AUGCCUACUACUAGGAAAAAAAUAAUCAAGACAGUGUACAAAGAUGAAAACAGCGAUGAAGAAGAAGGCGGAGAUUUUAGUGAUUCUGGUUCAGAGGCGAUAAUAUCUGAUGUAUCCAGCUCUGAAGAUGACAUUAUCUCGGAAAGUUCGUCUCCUGAAGAGGAGUUUGAUAAUGAAGAAUCGUUUAAUAAAUCAAAACGGAAAUAUCCAGAAAAAAAGUCGAAGCUGGCUAGAAUUUUCUCUAAAAAAACAAACAAACAGAUGUCUGGGUGUGAUGUGUCGGAAAAUCACCCAGUUUUCUCAAUUAAAGAUCUUACCGAAGCAGACAAGUUAUUGCCGCCUAUCCUGAAUUUGUCUGAAAGUGAUAGCAGUGAUGAAGAAUCUCCACAGACAUUAAAUAGAAGUAGUUUUACAUCUUUCCAACAAACAGACCAAGAUAAUGAGAGUGAUAAUGAAGUUAAUAAAGAAUACAGACAUAUAUGGUCAAAUAAUGAUAAAGUACAAGAUGAUAGUGAAGAAAUUGCUAAAAAAACAUUUAUGGAACUGGAACUACACAAGUCAAAAAUUGAGGAGACGAAAGCAACUUUACAGAAUUACACAUUAAAAGCAAUAGAGCAUGAAUCAGAUGUAAGAGAUCUGUUAGCUUUAGGUGAAGAUGUUUUAAGUACACCUGAUGUUAGUACUGUUAAUAAAAAGUCAAAGAUUAAAAGGCGCAAAGAUGACAGUGACUCUGACGUUGAAGACUGGGAAGAGGUUAAAGAUACAAAGUCUAUACCUCAACAAGGUAUACAACUUAUUGUCGAAUUUCCUGAUGCUGGACGUAAGAAACCCAAAAAGAUCGACGUUGAAAUGAUGAUGAAGAGGAAAAUCAAUAGAGUUAAAAAGGAAUAUCAAAUCUACAUGCAUAAAGUACAUGUCCUUUGUUGGGUUGGUCAUGGAAACUACGUAAGUAAUGUACUAAGUGAUAGAGUACUUAUGGCAGCUGCACUCUCUUUGAUACCCUCAAAAGAACGUCGUCCAAAAAAUAAAGUUGAUAUGAAAUAUAUAGAAGAAGUUAUAACAUGUUACAAGGAUCAUGUAACAGUAAAACAUGAUAAAAAUGAAGAAAAAUUCAAACCGAAAUCACCUCCCCUUAAACAAAUAUUAUUACAUCUAAUUAAAACAAAAGUUUUGACUUCAAAGAAAUAUUUAGUUUUUAUCUUUGUUAUCAUACUACGUGCACUUGGCCUACAAUGUCGUGUAAUGUUUAACUUCGUAACACUGCCUUUAAGACCACCUGCUACUGAAUUAUGUUCACUUUCAACAAAACCAAAAGAUCAGAAAACAAAUCAGAAGCAGAAUUCAACACUAGAAGAAACGAACUUAUCUGAAACAAAAACUAAUAUGUCACCUGAAAAAGAAAACACUACGAAUCCGAAAUCCAACAUCAGAAAGGCGAAAUCCAAAAAGAAUAUUGCACAAAUAGAUGGAAAUUAUGAUGUUUUUUCUGAUGAAGAAGUAGGAGAACUAAAUUGGUAUGACUAUGAGAAAAUAAUGCAAGUUGAUGGUGGAGACGAUGGUCCCACUACUAGAAGAACAAGGUCAAACAAAAGACACAUAAGUGACGUUGACAAAAUUAAAGAUGAAAACGUGUCACCUCCUAAAAAACCAAGAAAAAAUCUUAAACGUAUUUCCCUACAACAGAAGUUUUCAAGUGAUGAAAACAAAAAUACGAAUGUAAAAAAGAAGGCUAAAAGGGGUAAAAAUGUAGUUGAUACAGACAAAACAAAUGAAAGUAUUGAUCAUCUGAGAAAUAAUAGUAGCAAUUUAAAAGAGCUCACAAAUAUAACGUCAGCAGAACUUACAGAAGAAAACCUACCGUCUUCGAAGCUAUCCCAAAAAAGUACUAGAAGUGCUACUCGGCAAACACUCUCUAGGGAUAAUGAAAAAAAAGUUACUGAUGUACAUAAAAAGACCCAAAAAAAUCUGAAAACUUUAGACAUGAAGGUUAAAAGGAAUCCGCUUGCGAAUGACUUCGCAGAUAAUAAUUACGAAGUUGUAGAGGAGAACGUAUCAUCCCUUAAAGUAACUAGAAAAAGUCCAAGGCGAAACGCUCCAAUACGUCUUGCCGAGAACGCUAAAAAUGAUGUUGCGCUAAAUAAGAGGAGUCAACGACGUGGCAAAUACGUUGAUCCAGAAGUAACCCUCAGUACAGGCGAUGACUCUCACCACAACAAUCUUAAAGAACCAGUUGUACUGGCUUCAGAAAUGUCAGAAAAAGAUUUUUCACCUCCUAAAAUACCCAGAAACAGUUGUUCUUCCUUAAAACCAAAUACCAAAAGUAAAGAAGAAAAGAAUACAAAUAAAGGCUUCCAAAAUCGUAAACGAAUGAUAAUUACUGAGGAAAAAUAUGAUUCCUCUGAUCAUGAGACAGAUGACAACUUUAAAUCUACCUAUAGAAAUUUAACUCGCAGUCAGAAAUCUAAACUAUCAAAUGAUAACACCAAUAAGCAACAAAAAAAUGAAACAACAAUGGAAGAAAAGGCAACAAGUACUGGUAAGAAAAGUAUGAAUCAAAAGAAAAGCUUUAUAGCAGCUUCUGUCAGCCCUGAUAACAUAAAAAUUCCCCGUGUCAUUUUAACAAGGGAAAAUUAUAAACGUAACACAAGUAAGAAUGAUGAAAAACCGAACCCUACUGAAAUUCCAGGUCGUAUGACAAGAAAACGAUUGCAAACUGCGAAUGUUACUGGUUCCAAAGGCACAGAUACUGCAAAAGAAAAUUUAAACAAAAGCAAAAGUAUAACAAAAAAAAGAGCUGGGGUGACAAAAAAUAAUAUUCGCAGGGAAGAUGAAACAUCACAAAUCAGUUCUAAAUUAUCAGUGAAAGAAGAACUAACAGAAGGCAGUCAGGUAUUUCGAGAUAAAAAACCUACUAGGAAUAAUAAAUCUCAAAUAAUAGAAAGCUCUAAAAAUAAAGAAAAUAUUACAAAGUCACAAACAAGAAAAAAAUCUCUCAAAGGAAAAGUGAAGCAGGAGUCGGAUGAAGAUGCGGAUUAUGCGCCAAUAGAUGAUUCUAAACACGACCACCAUUCAGACAGUGACGAUAGUUUCAAACCACCAAAAUUUAGUCCUAAACUACCGAAGGCGAGUCAUGGAAAUCGGCGAGCAUUAUCAUCUACUAAGAAUGAACAUGGCAAGAAAAAUCAAAUCGACAUUUGGUGUGAAGUAUUUGUUGAAGAAUUACAAGAGUGGGUUUCUAUUGAUAUAAUUAAUGGAAAAGUAAAAUCUACUGAAGAAAUUUACGCUAAUGCGACGCAACCAGUCAGCUACAUGGUCGGAUGGGACAACAAAAAUAAUUUAAAGGAUUUGACUCGUAAAUACGUGCCACACUUCAACACGGAAACUCGCAAACUUCGUGUGGAUGUGUUGUGGUGGAACAAGGCGGUUCAACCAUAUCUUGGGCUUAAGACAAAACGGGAUAAGCAGGAAGAUGAAUAUCUGGACAAAAUGCAGCUAGAAGCACCUUUGCCCAUGACUAUUGGCGAAUACAAGAAUCAUCCUUUGUACGUUUUAAAAAGACACCUGCUCAAAUUCGAAGCAUUGUACCCACCUGAACCAACAGUAUUGGGUUUUGUCCGCGGCGAGGCGGUGUACCCGCGGGAGUGCGUGUACACUUGUCAUUGUAGAAAUACAUGGUAUAAGAAGCAUGCUAAGGUCGUUAGACUUGGAGAAAAAGCUUAUAAAAUAGUUAAGGCUAAACCCAGAUGGGAUAAGAUCAACAGAAAAAUAAUAACUGACGACCCGCCUAUGGAUAUAUUUGGGCCAUGGCAGGUGGAAGAUUUCGAACCGCCAGUGGCUGAAAAUGGCAUAGUACCCAGAAACGAGUAUGGAAAUGUUGAACUAUUCAAGAUGUGCAUGCUGCCCAAGGGAACUGUGCAUCUUAAAUUACCUGGUUUAAAUAAGGUUGCGAAGAAACUAAACAUAGAUUGUGCUUUAGCAAUAACCGGAUUUGAAGUGAACAGUGGUUGGGUCCGGCCAGUGUACGAUGGGUUUGUCGUGUGCAAGGAAUUCGAAGACAUCAUAACAGAGGCUUGGGCUGACGAUCAAGACGAACAAGAGCGUAAAGAGCUUGAAAGAACGGAAAUAAGAGUAUAUGGCAAUUGGAAGCGAUUGAUCAAAGGCUUGUUAAUUCGCGAACGUCUUAAAAAUAAAUACGGAUUUCACGAAUCGCCCACGUCAGCAACCAGCAAAGGUAAACCGAAGGGAUCCAAUCAGGUAGCUAAGAAAAGAAAAUACAAAUGA